AUGAGGGCUGAGGUUGUUUUCCAGCUGGGCUUCUGUGGUCUGUGUCUAACUCUGGCACUUCUUGGAGAGGGAAUGGGAGUGGAACUGCCCGAUCCACCAGCGGUCAAUUGUGCAUGGAAUCGCUGGUCAGAGUGGAGUUCUUGUGAUCCUUGCACAAACACCAGAAGACGCUCUCGAAGUGUUGUAGUGUUUGGCCAGUUUGGAGGCGAGGCGUGCCAUGGAUCACUUGGGGACAGGGAGUUUUGUUUAACAAAUGCUAAAUGUGACGCACCACCGCCCCCAGACUGCUCAGACUUCGACUUCCAGUGCGAGUCAGGUUCUUGCAUCAAGAAGAGAUUAAUGUGCAAUGGGGAUUAUGACUGUGAAGAUGGGUCAGAUGAGGACUGUGACCCUGUCCGCAAACCCUGUGGCUUCGCUGCCAUUGAUACCAAUGAGCAAGGCAGAACAGCAGGAUAUGGAGUCACCAUCCUGGGUGCAGAUCCUCGAAUGAACCCCUUCAACAAUGAUUACUUCAAUGGAAGGUGUGAUCGAGUGACAAAUCCCAACACUGGGCGUCACGACAGGGUCCCCUGGAAUGUUGGUGUACUAAACUAUCAGACUCUGGUGGAUGAAACUGUUUCUAGAGAAAUCUAUGAGGACUCACACAGCCUUCUGAGGGAAAUGCUGCAAGAGAUGUCUCUUACAGUUGAUGUUGGGUUUUCUUUCAAAUUCAGCCUAAGUGAGAAGUCUAUGUCAAAUUCUUCUCUAAAAGUGGGUUUGGAUCUUAAAUAUGCAAAGUCAAAGAUUAUUACAGAGAUGUCGCAGUACUCCAGGGCUGAGAACAAGAGCUUUAUGAGGGUGAAGGGCAGAGUGCAGCUGAGCACCUACCGGAUGCGCUCUCGUGAGCUCAAAGUGGCAGACGAAUUCCUGGAACAUGUCAAAUCUUUGCCCUUGCAGUAUGAGAAGGGUAUUUAUUUUGCCUUCCUGGAGGACUACGGAACCCACUAUACCAGAAAUGGGAAGUCUGGUGGUGAAUAUGAGUUGAUCUAUGUUCUCAACCAGGAUACCAUCAAGGAAAAACGUCUGACAGAGCGAAAGAUUCAACAAUGUGUCAAAUUAGGAAUCACAGCAGAUUUUGGGGUUGAUAAAAACCCAAAUUAUAAUCGUGACGGAUGUAAUAACGUAACAUCAAAACAAGAAGGUGAAACAGAGGGAAAAGCACUGGUGGACAAGGUGAUGACAUCAGUCAAAGGAGGUACUCUAGAAAGUGCUGCUACUAUGAGGGCUAAAUUAGAUAGGGACGGAGUGAUGGAUAUCGCUACAUAUCAGAACUGGGCACGGAGCAUCGCUGACGCCCCUGCGCUGAUUAACAGUGAGCCAGAGCCCAUCCAUAUGUUAGUUCCACUGGAUAUGCCGGAUGCUAAUGCCAGGAUAUCAAACCUGAAACAGGCCACAACAGACUACACAGCAGAGUAUAAUGUGUGCAAGUGUAAGCCUUGUCAUAAUGGAGGGACUCUCGCUCUGCUGGACGGAAGAUGUGUGUGUCUGUGCCCUCACCUGUUUGAAGGCAUGGCUUGCCAGAAUUACAAGGGUGAUAAAGCUAAAAGCCCAAGCCAAAGACCUGAUGUUAACCAGGAAGGUAACUGGUCAUGUUGGUCUGCCUGGUCCAACUGUAGUGGAGGGAAACGCACCAGGACACGCGCCUGCAACACAGAGGGCCUCCUCGGAGCUGCGUGCAGAGGAGACACCAGCAGUGAAGAAUAUUGCUAA